UUUGUGUCAUGCUCAGCCUAUGAGGGUUCCACCACCGAAAGGGGUGCUUGCCUAAGCCCCGAACCCGAGGAUUUUACAUGUGGUUGAGUUGUUUUAGGUUAAUAUUGAUUGGAGAUACUGUCCUCCCUGGACCUGCCCAGAAAGACUGUAAAGAGGAGCUGAGAAUUCUUGCUUAAACUGAGAGUUCUCUGGGAGGCAGAGAUUUUGUUGGACUGGUUUACAUCGAUGAGAAGUUCCCCAAGCCUGAGAUCUUCUAACUUGAACCUACACAGCUCUCUGCACACUGCUCCUGGGAUCCCAGUGUAUUGAAUAAAGGAUUCAGAAAAGCUUCAGAGGACUGGAAAAAGAAUGCUCCGAGGCCGAUCUCUAUCUGUGACAUCCCUGAGUGGGCUUCCUCGGUGGGAAGUUGAAGAACUUCCUGUGGAAGAUUUACUGCUUUUUGAAGUUGCUUGGGAAGUAACCAAUAAAGUUGGUGGCAUCUAUACUGUGAUUCAGACGAAGGCCAAAACCACAGCAGAUGAAUGGGGAGACAAUUAUUUUCUGAUUGGACCAUAUUUUGAGCAUAAUAUGAAGACUCAGGUAGAACAAUGUGAACCUAUAAAUGAUGCUGUUAGAAAAGCAGUGGACACAAUGAAUAAACAUGGCUGCCAGGUGCACUUUGGAAGAUGGCUGAUAGAAGGGAGUCCUUACGUGGUGCUCUUUGACAUAGGCUAUUCAGCCUGGAACCUGGACAGGUGGAAGGGUGACCUCUGGGAAGCCUGCAGUGUCGGCAUCCCUUACCAUGACCGAGAAGCCAACGAUAUGCUAAUAUUCGGAUCUUUAACCGCCUGGUUCUUAAAAGAGGUGACAGAUCAUGCAGAUGGCAAGCACGUCAUUGCCCAGUUCCAUGAAUGGCAGGCAGGAACCGGACUGGUCCUUUCUCGAGCUCGGAAACUUCCCAUUGCUACAAUAUUUACCACUCACGCCACAUUGCUUGGGAGGUAUCUCUGUGCGGCAAACAUUGAUUUCUACAACCAUCUUGAUAAGUUUAACAUAGACAAAGAGGCUGGGGAAAGGCAGAUUUACCACCGGUAUUGCAUGGAGCGGGCCUCUGUCCAUUGUGCUCAUGUGUUCACCACGGUAUCGGAAAUAACAGCAAUAGAAGCUGAACAUAUGCUGAAGAGGAAGCCUGACGUAGUUACUCCAAAUGGCUUAAAUGUUAAGAAAUUUUCAGCAGUGCAUGAGUUUCAAAACCUACAUGCCAUGUACAAGGCCAGGAUCCAAGAUUUUGUUCGAGGUCAUUUCUAUGGUCAUCUGGACUUCGAUCUUGAAAAGACUUUGUUCCUUUUCAUUGCUGGGAGAUAUGAGUUUUCAAACAAAGGAGCUGACAUCUUCCUAGAAGCCUUAUCCAGGCUAAAUUUUCUGCUGAGGAUGCAUAAAAGUGAUGUCACAGUGGUGGUGUUUUUCAUCAUGCCUGCCAAGACAAAUAAUUUCAAUGUGGAAACACUGAAAGGCCAAGCAGUACGGAAACAGCUAUGGGACAUUGCACAUUCUGUGAAGGAAAAUUUUGGAAAAAAACUCUAUGAUGCAUUGUUAAGAGGAGAAAUUCCUGACAUGAACAACAUUUUGGAUCGAGAUGAUGUAACUAUUAUGAAAAGAGCCAUCUUCUCAACUCAGCGACAGUCUUUGCCUCCAGUGACCACUCACAACAUGAUUGAUGACUCCACCGAUCCCAUCCUCAGCACCAUUAGACGGAUCGGACUUUUCAACAGCCGCACAGACAGAGUCAAGGUGAUUUUGCACCCAGAGUUUCUAUCCUCCACCAGCCCUUUACUACCCAUGGAUUAUGAAGAGUUUGUCCGAGGUUGUCAUCUUGGAGUAUUUCCAUCAUACUAUGAACCAUGGGGCUAUACUCCAGCUGAAUGUACCGUGAUGGGUAUCCCCAGUGUGACAACCAACCUUUCCGGCUUUGGCUGUUUCAUGCAGGAGCAUGUGGCUGAUCCUACUGCAUAUGGUAUUUACAUUGUUGACAGGAGAUUCCGCUCUCCGGAUGAUUCCUGCAAUCAGCUGACUCAGUUUCUCUAUGGAUUUUGCAAACAGUCACGCCGCCAAAGAAUUAUUCAGAGAAACCGAACUGAGAGGCUCUCUGAUCUUCUGGAUUGGAGAUACUUGGGCAGAUAUUAUCAGCACGCCAGGUACCUGACAUUAAGCAGAGCUUUUCCAGAUAAAUUCCAUAUGGAGCCUACAUCACCACCCACGACAGAAGGAUUUAAAUACCCAAGGCCUUCCUCAGUUCCACCUUCUCCUUCAGGGUCUCAGGUCUCUAGUCCUCAAAGCAGUGAUGUGGAAGAUGAAGCAGAGGAUGAGCGAUACAAUGAGGAAGAGGAGGCUGAAAGGGAUCGGUUAAAUAUCAAGUCGCCAUUUUCUCUGGGCCGUGUUCCUCGUGGGAAGAAAAAGCUACACGGUGAAUACAAGAACUGAAUUCCAUGCUUGUCGAGCAGAGCUAAUGUAGUAAGAACAGAAUAAGAGUCAUUAUUUAAAGAAAUGAAAAUGCUACAAAUUUCAUUUUCUUCUUCUAAGUGUGACCAAGAAAUUUAUUCUCUGCUUACCAAGGGGAAAAGAUUAAGUGAAUGGCAAUUUGGUAAUUUCUAUUAAAAUCCAAGUUAUUUUCCCCUACUCCCUUCCCCCAGUAAAUUUAGGAACAAGGAAGAAUGUUCAUUAAAAAA